AUGGGGGCUUAUUUUUCUUGUGUUUGUUCACAUUUAUUGCAAUCCAAUACAAUCAAAUUGAUAUUUGUGGAUGGGAGACUGCAGGAAUUUGAGAAGCAAGUAAAGGCGGCAGAAAUUAUGGUGGAAAAUCCUCAGCAAUUUGUAUGUGAGGCAGCCGCUUUACAUGUGGGUCGCAGAAUAAAUCCCCUGCCUGCAGAUGAAGAUUUAGAAUUAGGGCAUUUGUAUUUUCUUCUUCCCAUGUCAAAAUUGCAGGGUGUGGUUUCUCGCUCAGACCUGGCCUCAAUUGCACUCAAGGCCAGAUCCGCCAUGAAAGCAAGUUCCAAGAGCUCUGUGAAGAUUUUCCCAAUGUUGGGAGAAAUGGGUUUUUUCUUCAGGGGACAAUCACAAACAUACCUGCAUGAAAAUGGUCAUGAUGAUGGUGAUUUGGGUGGAGAUUUAGAGUGUGAUUUGAAGAUUGUUGCGCUGCCAAAGAUGGAUUUUGAAGGCCUUUCAGAUCUGCAGAUGGGUUUGGGGAAAUAUAGAGUGAGCAGUUGCAGGUCUUGGAAACCAAAGUUGGAGACCAUAAGAGAGGUUGAAAGGCUAAGAGCAUAA